UGUGCUAUGUUACCUCACAGGGCACGUAAUCUCUCUCUCUUUCUGUCCCCCUCUCGCUUCCCUUUUCUCUCUCUCUCUCUCUCUCUCUCUCUCCCUACUUUCUCACUCUCCGUCUCCCUCUCUUAUGCUCCCUCUCUCUCUCUCCCUCUGUCUCUUUCUCUUGGCUGAAUGGAGAAGGCAGAAUUUGUAGGUUCGUUGCCGGGGCCUGGCCUGGUUGCUGGGGAUGUAGUUGCCUUGUCGGAGGUGGCGCGGGGUACAGGCGAGGAGCCGGCGGAGGCAGUGGUCAGUUCCAGACUGUUCCGCUGUGUGAGUGUCCGACGCUGGAUACCCCUGGCCUACAGAGAGGAACUCUACCAUGUACUGAGACUCACAGGACCUCUGCUGGUGGCUCGGAUCCUGAACUUCUUGCUCCCGUUUGUCAUCACCAUAUUCUGUGGUCACCUUGGCAACGCAGAGCUGGCGGGAUACGCACUGGGCUCUGCGGUGAUCAAUGUGACCACGACCUCUACGGGCUAUGGACUGGCUCUGGCCUGUGAUACACUCGUCUCUCAGACAUUUGGCAGCAGUAACCUGCACCGUGUGGGGGUGAUCCUGCAGAGGGCAGUGUUGAUCUUGCUGCUGUUCUGUCUGCCCUGCUGGGGCCUCCUCAUCAACGCCCACAACAUCCUACUAGCCAUGAAUCAGGAGCAGGAGGUGGCCCGGAUCGCCCAGCUUUAUGUGACGCUUUACCUGCCUGCUGUUCCUGCUAUGUUCCUGCACCAGUUGCAAACAGCUUACCUACAGAACCAGGGGAUCAUCCUACCUCAGAUGUACACAGCAGCAGCAGCUAACCUCAUUAACCUGGCUGUCAACUACAUCCUGCUCUUCAGCCUGGAGAUGGGAGUCAUAGGCUCUGCUAUAGCGAACAGCCUGUCUCAGAUCACCAUCUGUCUGCUCCUCUACUUAUACAUCUGUUGGAGAGGCCUCCACAAGAACACAUGGGCAGGCUGGUCCAGGGAGGCCCUCCAGGAGUGGGGUUCCUACAUGCAGCUGGCCAUCCCCAGUACCCUGAUGGUCUGCUUCGAGUGGUGGGUCUGGGAGAUAGGAGGCUUCCUCGCUGGUAUGCUUGGAGAGGUGGAUCUUGCAGCACAGCAUGUGUUGUUGGAGAUAGGAGCCAUUACCUACAUGUUCCCUCUAGGUGUCCAUGCAGCUGCCUGUGUGCGGGUAGGGAACGCUCUGGGAGCAGGAGACACCUCCAGGGCUCUACUCACCUGCAAAGUAGCUCUGGUGCUCUCAGGAGUGCUGGCUGUGUUCCAGGGUAUUGCCAUCGGUAGCUCCAGGCAUGUGUUAGGCUACAUCUUCACCUCAGACCAAGCCAUAGUGGACAACGUGUCAGUGAACCUGGGGCUAUACACCUUCAUACAGUUCUUUGAUGCUCUACUGUGUGUUUGUUCAGGUAUCCUGGUUGGAGCAGGUAAACAGAAGAUAGCUGCGCUGUCUAACCUGGUCUCAUACUAUUGCGUUGGCCUUCCGGUCGGCAUCGCUUUGAUGUUCGCUGCUAAGCUCAGGAUACUAGGUUUGUGGGUAGGUCUCUUCUUCUGUGUCAUCCUCCAGACUGGGUUCUUCCUUGUCAUCAUCUUCAAACUCAACUGGCAGCAGGUCGCCAAGGAGGCCCAGGUGCGUGCUGGGAAGAGUGGGCUGGUAACGUGUGUUCCAGCGAAGCCUCCUAUUGGACAGCCGCUGAUUAAAACUCUGCUUCCAGAAGGUUCUCGAAGCACUGACACGGCCCAGCCAGAAAGCGAUGAAUCCAAACCGCCUGGUUACACGCCAGUCAGCACCCAGGGAGGAGUAGCAAGUGGAGAGGAACUGCAGGAGGGCCCAGUCGUCCAGUCCAAAGGUCUGCUGUCUUCCUCCCAGCUGGUCCUGAGGAGAGGUUUCACUCUGCUGACUGCAUUAUUCCUCCUGGCCACAGGGGUCGCUGUUCACCUGGCCUGUCCCCCUCCUGCACCCUCCAUCCACAGCCUCUCCAACCUCACCCUGGACUGGACCAACUCUUCUACCCCCACAACCCCCCUAGAGCUCACCUCACCCCUCUGAGACAGGAGAAGGAGGGGAGAGAGGAGAGGGGUAGAAGGACUGGGUUGAGUCUCUCUGCAGGGACCAAUGGUGUCUGUAUGAACUGAACAGCACAGUGCUGGGGUCCUGAGACUCUCCUGAUCAGAGGAACAGCUGCCCCCAUCUCCUCUCCCCCCGUGGCCGUCUGCACUGCUGUCCUCUCUGCUUCUAUACUACUGUUCCUUCUGAAGAUACAUUUUUAGUCUCCUAACAUGUUUCCAUUAUAUUUGUCUUUCACUGCGAUGUCUACUCAGUCUAAUGUAGAACAGUUUUAAUCUGGAAGUGUGAAAUCAGUGUAAAUGUCUGAUUUCCAAUCUAUGAGAUUAUUUCCUAUUGUAUGUUGAUGUGAGUGUACUUGUUUCUACUGUGUAAAGUCACUGCACUUGGCCUAUUACCAGUUGAAACAGUGCUUUCAAAUUGU